CAUGAAACCGUAAUUUUACUGUCCAUUGACUUGGAGUUCCAAGGGUUAUAUUGGAUAUCAAUGCAGCAUUGCCAGAUGUGAGAUACAGCUAAUCUUAACAACGAUUUUCUCCAGAAAUAACGCCAUGGGGUUGUAGAAAGCACAGUGUUCCAGGGCAGGGAGCGAGGUGUUGCUUGGGGGAAGGGAAAAGAUAUGAACCUAAUCAGUCAGGUGCUGUGGCAGGGAGGACGGCGGGGUGCUGCCAUCAAGUCUGUCAACCCGGCCAGGCGAACUGUGACGCCAGCAGUAAAUACACUCGGGAGAAGAGGGUGUUGCAGAGCUCCCUUCCCAGGUGUCCUCAGAGGCCUCCAUACCGCCCUCGUCAGGAUGAGCGAGCAGAACGGCUUCCCGGAGGCGUCCUCCGUCCCUACAGCUGGCAUUAUCAUCAUUGGUGAUGAGAUCUUGAAAGGCCAAACUCGUGAUACAAACACCCACUUUCUAUCGAAGAAUCUACAUAGUUAUGGUGUAAAAGUUCAGAGGGUUUCUGUGAUACCAGAUGAUGUUCCAACCAUAGCAAGUGAAGUAGCCAAAUUUUCCAAGGCAUACACAUUUGUCCUAACUUCAGGUGGCAUUGGUCCUACUCAUGAUGACCUUACAUUUGAGGGAGUUGCAGCUGCUUUUGAAGAGAAAGUCCACCCACACCCAUUGUUAGUCAAGCUCAUAAGCGGGUUUUUCAAAACUGAUGAUCUCAGCUCUCCAGCUAUGAAGAUGGCUCACAUUCCUGAGAGUGCAGAGCUUCACUUUGGAGAGGAUAAAUCAAAGGGUGUUAAAUCACGUUACCCAAUAAUUUCAGUGAAAAACGUGACAAUAUUUCCUGGAGUUCCACACUUGCUUGAGAGAGCCUUUGCAUUACUUGGAGAGAAACUAUUCCACAGGCCUGGCAUGGGUUUUAAAGUCCAUCGUGUGUUCCUUACUGCUGAUGAAGUCAGUAUUGCAACAUAUUUAAAUGACACUGUUGCUAAAUAUCCAUCUGUGUCUUUUGGCUCAUAUCCCAAGUUAUUUCAUAGUUACUACAAAACUAAGAUUACUAUGGAGUCACUGGAUGAGGAAAUAUUACAGGAGGCUGAACAGUAUUUCAAAAGCCAGCUUGAAGAAGGAACAGUGAUUGACUACAAGGAAGACACCGUCACUUCACCUUGGGACUACAUUGAUAAUCUUUCUAUUCUAAAUCCUUCUCUGGAAGCUCCACUUCAAGAAGCACUGGAUAUCCUAAAUCAAUGUUUUGACAGAUACAGCCCUGAGGAAAUCUGCAUUUGUUAUAAUGGUGGGAAAGAUUGUCUAGUUGUACUACACUUGGCAUAUGCUAUAAUGCAGAAGAAACAUCCCAAGAACAAGCUUCAAGCUGUUUAUAUAACUGAACCCAAAGCUUUCCCACAAGUCACAGAAUUUGUACAACAUUCUGUAAAUAGGUAUGACUUGGAUUGUGAUAUUAUACCAGGGCCCAUGAAGGCAGCUUUAACAAAGGUUCUGGAAAAUAGACCAAAGAUCAAAGCAAUGAUUAUGGGCACUCGUCGUAGUGAUCCAUACUCUGAUGAGUUAGACUUUUUCUCUCCAACGGAUAAGGAUUGGCCAGCUAUGAUACGAGUUAAUCCUAUUCUCAAUUGGAAAUAUAGUAAUGUAUGGGAUUUCAUUCGAGGCCUUUAUCUUCCGUACUGUCCUUUGUAUGACAGAGGGUAUACGUCUCUAGGAAGCCAAGACAACACAUUACCCAAUCCUCUGUUGGAGACAAGAGACCGCAUUGGUCAGGUUGUCUACCUUCCUGCAUACACUCUCAAAGAAGAGGACAUGGAACGUAAAGGUCGCAUCUCCAGUAAACACUGAAAAAGUUUGCAUGACAAUACCAGUAUUUGUAUUUCAUAUAGACUUUUUAUCUAUGACUGUUACUUGUGGUUAAAUUUCUCUUUAAACAUUUCUACUAUUUCAAAUUUAUAAGGAUUGCUUCUCUUUUCUUCUUAUCAUUAAUAUUGUUAUAAUUAUUUAUGUACUUUUUUUCCUUUCAUUCUUCCCACUUUUUAUUAUGAAAUAUUCCACUUUCUAUUUCAAGGCUACCUAUCAGGCACACUGAUAAAAGAUAGUUGCUUUGUACCUGAAACUUAGAAAUCAUACAGUUAAAUAUAUGAAAUAUCACAAUUUUAGAAAAAAUGCAAACCCAUUUUAUUCAUAGAAGUAUGACAGCCCUUCUGUGUCUUUCAAACCAAUUGUCCCGAAUUCAGUUGGGGCUGUUUUUUAGUACAGGGAUUUGAGAUUGUUCUUUUUUUAUGUGGAGCAAGUAAAUCAUCAUGCUCUAAAAUGUAAAAAGAGCAUUAUCAUGGAACUUCUAAGAGAUUAUAAAUAUAAAUUAAUGCUUGUCAUGGAACCUCUUUAAAAUUACAGAUAUAAAUUAAAGUUUUACUAAUUAAUGUUUUACUUUUACAGUCUUACUCAGUCUGAAAAAGUUAUCAUAGCAUAUAUAAUAUAUAUAUGUUCAUUGUUGAUGUUAUUUUGAAUAGGAAAUAUAUCUUUGAGUUUUACAGUAGUUAAGACUUAUUUAAUUACCAUUUCUUAAUACAAGAUUUAAUUAUACUAUUUCACUUAGUCAACAUUUACAAAUUUAUUGUGACAUCAUAUGAAAUUUCUUCAAAUUUUAUAAAUGUAUGCUGUCAUUUUAUUUCCAUUUCUUAAUUCUUUUCCUUGACAUUAGUCAUUUUAUGAUUGUUUUAUGCCAGUAGAAUAUUAGAUGAAAAUAGACACUUUGGACAUGUAAUAAUUAGUUACAUGUAAAGUCAAUAGCUACCUCUAGGUUUUCAUUGAGCUGAGAUUUUAUUAUUAUUUUCCUUUAAUUUACCCCCUGCAAUUAAUUUCUCAUGUCCAAACCUGUUAUUAAGUAGAGAUUAUAUAUGAAUUUAAUUUCUUGUCAUAGUAACAUAUUUUUGUAACAAAUAAUGAUAUCAGUGUUAUUUUUUACAUGCAGAAAUAUUUUUAUAUUAUUUAAGAAAAGGGAGUCACAAAAUUAUUUCCCUCUGUACUUAUGUUGCUUCUAAGUAAACUCAGGAGAAGUAGUGUGGUAUCUAAGGGCACUUGUUUAUGUUACCUCACUGUGUGCACAAGGUAAUUCUUUGGGUGUGUUAUUGGUGCAUAUAUUGUAGAGCUACAGUGGUUUAUUCUGAAAUUUUUCUUAUCAUUCAGAUGUGUCUUUUUCACAUACAGUGCGUGAAUAAAUAUAUUAUAUAUCUGUAGUUGUUAAUAAGCUCUGGAGUAUCAGUAUUUACAACUGAUUAAUGUUUCAUGUUUGUAAGUAGGGUUUAUAUUUCUGAUUUUGAGAAUAAGCAAGGUGUGUUCUUUGAGAUUAUAUAACCCAUCUAGUUGCACAAGAUUCUUGUAUUAAUUGGUGUAUUAAAAUUUGGCUAGUGGCUAGUUGGUGUGCAUUGGCAGUUUCCCCUGUUUACACCAAGCUUAUUUAGUACUUCAAGCACAUUGAGCACCUAAUAGCUUUUAGCAAUUUUAUAAACAAAAGUUUAAAAAGAUAAAAAUAAAGGUUUCCCUUCACUAAGUACCUGUAUCUAAUAGGUACACUAAACAAAUGAUGUGCUGCUUUCAGAGAAAGACAAUUUCCCUCUGAUGAGCUGGUGGCACCAGGUAUGUCGUUAUACUGUGCCAUCCAUGAGUCAGUCCACCACAGCCAUUGAUGAGUCAGUCCACCACAGCCAUUGCAGAUUUUUUGUCAUCCAUGACCUAAGGAUUAAAAUGUUUGUUUUUUUGCUUUUUGUUUUCUAUAGGAAAUGCAUCUUCAGUUAGAAAAACAGGUUACUAUUUCAUUAUUAUUGUAAUAUAAAGACAAGAUGGAAAAAAUGUCAAGUAAAUUGCGAAUGCAUGGUUACCUGUUGUAGAAAUUUCAAAAUCUUUUUGUACUGAACUUAAUUUACAAUCAAUUUACAUUUGUUGGAAAUACCAGCUCUUUAAAAAGUGCCUUAAAACCUUCAGUAAAUUACAUGUUCUAGCAGGUGCUAGAAUAUUUAGUCCCUGUUGGAAGUGAUGUUAUCACAAGCAAUAACCUACUUGCACAAGUGAUGUAGGAAUAUACUGACAUUGUAAACUGAUGACACUUUGUAAUAUCUAUGUAGUUGGCUUCAGAAUUAUACUUGUAGCACUGGGAGUGAUUUAACCAAAUCAAAAUAUUUCUUUAUAUAGCAUAUUUCCCAGAAUUGCAAAGCUAAAAAUGAAGAUAAAACAAGUUGAUAAUUUGGUUAAGAGUUAUACAUUUAAGUAUUCAUAUAUGCAAUGUUCAAACCAGAAAAGUUAUAUAUAUGUUUUGAAAGAUAUUUUCUUUGUUCAUUAUAGACUUUCCUCACCUUAUGUAUGACCUAGUUCAUGUUUCACACCAACUUAUGACUGGAGAUACUAUGGCAGAUAUUUUAAAGAAUUAUCUAAUUUAUGCAUUCU